AUGGUGACCGCCACAACCCCGCUCUCCAUCUACCCCGACCACUACGACUUCCCCCCCUUCUUCACCAGAUACCCAAACGAAACUACCUGGACCGCCCAACGCACAAUCUGGGCCUCCUUCAUCCUCGACUACUGCCGCCACCACCGUCUCUGGCGCCUGCACGUAUCUGACGCCCUCGAAACCGACCUCUUCUGGAACAAGAAGCUCUCCCGUACCCCCCUCCCCUCCCUUCUUCCUUCUCCUUCACUCUCACCCGCAGACAAGCCGGCUAACGCCGGCGAAACAGGCCGACUAUCCCCCAAGGACGCAGCGGCAAUCCUGGAGUGGAUGGCGGGCGAGGGCAUGAUUGCGUGGGACGGCGCGGCGGCCGUGGUGUAUUGGCGCAGUGCGGAGGAGUGGGCGGAGGCUAUAUAUCAGUGGAUUGAUGCGACGGGGCAGAAGGGGAGUGUGUUGACGCUGUAUGAGAUCUCGGAGGGGGACUUGACGGUUUCUCAAGAGUUCCAUGGCAUUGACCCGUUGAUAUUAAGGAAGGCGCUGGAUGUGCUCGUCAAGAGGGGGAGUGCGCAGGUGUUUGGGAGUGAGGAUGAGAGGGGUGUUAAGUUUUUCUGA